AUGUCUAGCGAACCGGAGGAGGACUAUGUUCCAUGGAUACAACAAUUCUGUGAGCUUUUUGGCCACGAUUACUUCGUACUGGUGUCUCACGAAUUUAUAGAAGAUGACUUCAAUUUGACCGGUUUGUCUCUGCAAGUUCCCUACUACCGAGAGGCACUUUACACAAUUCUUGACUACCAGGUCGAUACCAUGGAGGAUAAUGGAAGCGCUAGCAACAACAAUGGCUCAUCUGGCUCGCUGCCAUCGAAAGCAGACCUCCCCAACAAGGCACUUCUUGCUCAUAGUGCUGAGCUUCUAUAUGGGUUGAUACAUGCCCGCUACAUCAUUUCCAAGCAGGGACUCACGGCUAUGGCUACCAAGUUUGAACGGAACGAAUUUGGGUCGUGUCCUCGAUAUUACUGUGAUGGAAUGCAUUUGAUACCGGUCGGAUCAACCGAUGUUCCUGGCCAGGAAACUGUACGACUCUACUGUCCUUGCUGUAACGACAUCUAUUUACCACUGAACUCACGCUACUUGAACAUAGACGGCGCUUUUUUCGGCACCACCUUCCCUGGGCUCCUCGUAAAGAUGUUCCCGGAAAUAGAAAACCAGUGUCGAAUUCGCAUUCAAAAGGCCAAGAAAGAAGACUUUGGUAUCCGUUUAUUUGGGUUCAAAAUCAGCGAACUCAGCGCUAGCGGGCCAAGAAUGAAAUGGCUUAGGCAGCACCCAAUACUGGAGGAAGAACAAAAAGAAUUCGAGAAUUGUCAAUUCGGAAUGCCAUUGGAAUAUCGGGCUUCGUUGGCGGUGGAUGAAGCGCCGGAUUUGGAUGAAGACGAUGACAAAACAAUGGCCAGCGAAAGCUAG